AUGCAUUUAUUCGGUAUUCACUAUAACUAUAAGUGUAUGCAAAAUGCCAAUACCUUUGGCGUACGGAUUAACUCCAUUGCAAACACUGACUGUACUGAUUGGGUACAGAUUUUAGUGAAUAUUGUGACCAUAGAAUAUUCUGUUGACUAUUAUUUGAACGAUUCUGUUGUCACCGUUGAUGAGAUCAUAACCGAUACGACUAAUAGUCCAGAGCCUACCACUGAAGACGACGACGACUAUUAUGAAUAUGAAACUAAUAAUAGUGAUCUGGUUGUUAUGAAGAAUGUAAAUAAUGUGAAUAAAACAUUGGACACAAUCAACAGACUUUCUAAGAUUGUCUCCGAUUUAUCUAAAGACCUGUUAAGCGUUAAACAGUUGACACAAUUGGCAGAAAUUUUCUUUAGUAUUGAUAUUCCGUCCGAUUGUUUGCUAUCAUUAAUAGAAGUGGUCAAUGGUAUCAGACUUAUCGAUUCAAUGGGACGAAUACCUACGGGUAUAAUGGAAGGAACGGUAUCUCAUUUCGGCGAAUUUGACGAAUGUCUGGGCAUUGAAAGUCCUGUCAAUGCGGACACACUGUCGACCCAAUCGCUUAUUAGGGGACAGUACUGUUUGGCCAAAAUUAUAUUGCCUUAUCCUAAGAAACAGCCAUUAGAUAAGAGGGCAAAUAAAAAUAUUUCAAAUAAGAUUUAUUUUGAUAAAUUGGUCGCAUUUCUCAAGAAUUAUAAUAUGGAUCAGUAUUUAACAGUUUUCAAACUCAUUGAGAUAUUAAAUAACCAAAAGGGGGCCACUUUCCGGUUUGGCACAUGUAUACCAUCAGUGUGUCGACCGCAAGAUAUUGAAAACAUUCUCAAUACUGUGAUUUAUCCGAUAACACAUAUGCCCAUAGAAUUGAUGCCCGAUUGUUACGUCAAAAAUGAACCAAAGAAUCUUGAUAAUUUUCAGAAAAUGGCCAUAUGCCAACCCAUUCAACCGGCCAUUCAAAUAGACAGCGUUCGUUGUUUGAGAAGAUCGUGUCUUUUAUUGUUCGCCGAUUCGGGAUCCAAACGCUUUGUGUGCAUCGAUGCCAUACGUUUCCUAUUGAUAAUUAACGUCGUUCGUUGUUUGAGAAGAUCGUGUCUUUUAUUGUUCGCCGAUUCGGGAUCCAAACGCUUUGUGUGCAUCGAUGCCAUACGUUUCCUAUUGAUAAUUAACGUAUGCGUGGAUCACAUACUUUGGCUUAAAUACUCAGUUCCCAUUAAUUAUCGCAUUCAAUCGGAUCACAAUGUAUUUGACUUCGGGCCCGGAUUUGCAAUUUGCAACCCUCCCACAUGGUUCCUAUCAGCUCUAUUCCAACUACAAGUGAUCGCACCUAUAUCACCGAAGCAUCUGUUCGGCCAAAAAACAUAUUUGGAUCCAUUGGGCAUUAGUUCCCUCGAAGAGAUGACUAAAGCAUUCGUAGCCUUUCAUAUGGGAAUCAAUCAGUAUAUCAUCUCAUUCUUCAUC